CUCCCACCGCCUGCAUAGAGACAGAGCUGAAGCCCCGCCCGGCUGUGCUCACGGCUUAUCGGGUGUUGUAUAUUCGUCAGCAGCUUAACUUUUAAACUAAAUCCGCCUGAAAGCACAGUGGACCUUUUGAUUACAUAAACAAGCCGGAUCUUUGAGCAAACCGUGAUUCAGACAACAUCAUGCAGGGACGCGAUCAGACUCCUUCACUGAGCACUAGCCUAGCCACUGCCCGUUAGUUAGCUUGUUACUCCGAAGUAAACGGACUGCUCUUUUUUUUUCUGAGGUAAAUUGUACCUCUCUAAUCUAGAAUGGGUCUCUACUGGUGUGAUAAACUGUCUCCUGAUACACCGGGCAGUGUAUGAAAGGUAGCGAGAAGACGCUGAACUCACGCCGGAACAUCUCUCCUUUCUUCGGGCACUCCGAGCAACUCGAGUCCGCGGCUUCGAAAGCGGCCUAAGACAACCGGACGGACUUUUCUCCUUUUCUGCAGACUUCUCCCAGGACUCGUUUUCAUUCAGCCGGACGAAAGCAGUCAGGAGAAAUGUUUCGAGUCUAACAGAAGUUAUUUAAUGUGUUUGGUUUUAAUACGCGGUUUUAAAACGACAGAAUGGCGUCUUAUGUGGAUAGCAGUUUUCGGCAGGCGAUUAUGAAGAACCCCAGCGAAAGGACGCAACAGGACCUCCAGAUCGUCUACUCCUACCUGCAUGGGAUGGAAGCGCUGUCCAACCUGAGGGAACACCAGCUCAGGUUGAUGUGUGAAACUGUUCGCUACGAGCAUCAUGAAGCCAACGAGGUUUUAUACUACCCUGAUGACAUCGGGACCUGCUGGUACAUCUUGCUCUCCGGCUCGGUUUUCAUUAAGGAAUCGAUGUUCCUUCCACGCAGCAGUUUUGGGAAACGUUCUGCAGGGAGUUUACGGCGAGGCUGCGAGUGUAUCGUCCUCGAGGCCUCUGAAAUGAUUGUGGUGGACUAUAUGGAAGACAGCGAGGAGUAUUUUCAGAGGCAGGCGUCCCACCGGCAGUCCAGGAGGAGGUUUCGGAAAAUAAAUCAGCGUGGCGAGAGGCAGACCAUCAUCGACACGGUCGAGCAUUAUCCAGUUAGCAAGCCUCCUCUGCCUCCAGGCUACCACACGGAGUCCUCCAAAUCCCAGCUUCCUGCGGAUUUCACCAAGCUCCACCUCUCAGACGGUCUCCACCUCCACAUGUCCUCCAGUCAGUCUCGAUCCAGCAUUGCUAGUGACUCAGGAAGCAGCAGCCUAUCAGAUAUUUACCAGGCGACCGAGAGCGAUUGUGGUGAUGUGGAUCUCAGCGGACUGCCCGAGACGGCGGUGGAUUCGGACGAGGACGAUGAUGACGAAGAAGUGGGGAGAUCGACGGACCCCCUCAUGAGUCGAGACAUUGUGAGAGACUGCCUGGAAAAAGACCCUGUGGACCGUACAGACGAUGACAUCGAACAGUUACUGGAGUUUGUGCAGCAGCUCCCAGCGUUCUCCAGUCUCAGCGUGUCCGUGAGGCGCGCGCUCUGUGCAGUCAUGGUGUUUGCCGUGGUCGAGCGUGCUGGAACUAUCGUGCUGAACCACGGAGAGGAGCUGGACUCGUGGUCAGUAAUCCUGAACGGCGCCGUGGAAGUGAUGUAUCCGGAUGGCCCGUGUGAGACUGUCGGGAUGGGCGGCAGUUUCGGAGUCUCUCCGUGCAUGGAGAAAGAGCUGAUGGUUGGUGUCAUGAGGACCAAAGUGGACGACUGUCAGUUUGUGUGCAUAGCGCAGCAAGACUACUGCUGCAUCCUGAAUCAGGUGGAACUCAACACACAGCGGGUGGAGGAGGAGGGCGAGAUCGUAAUGGUGAAAGAGCACCGGGAACUCGACCGCACAGGAACACGCAAGGGACACAUUGUCGUCAAGGGCACUCCAGAGCGCCUGAUUCAGCAUUUAGUGGAGGACCAUUCCGUUGUGGACCCAACAUAUAUUGAAGACUUCCUCUUGACCUAUCGCACCUUCCUGUCCAGUCCUCUCAUUGUUGGCCAAAGACUUUUGGACUGGUUCAAUGACCCCAGUUUACGUGACAAGGUGACACGGGUCGUAUUACUUUGGGUUAAUAAUCACUUCAGUGACUUUGAAGGAGACCCAGACAUGACCAACUUCCUCGAGGAGUUCCAGAGCAAUCUGGAAAGAGAAAAAAUGAGCGGUCAGUUGCGAUUGCUCAACAUCGCAUGUGCUGCCAAGGCAAAGUCCCGAGUCGUUACGAUCACACGGGCGUCUCGGGAUCUACCCCUACCCUUCACGCUAAUGGGUGGCGCCGAGCGAGGAACGCACCUCUUCAUUAGCUCUGUAGAAGCAGGCAGCAAGGCGGAGGAGGCGGGGCUUAAGCGAGGAGAUCAGGUAUUGGAGGUGAAUGGACAGACGUUUGAGAACGUCCAUCUGUCCAAAGCCACCGACAUCCUCAAGAAUAAUGUCCAACUGUCCAUGAGUGUCAAAACCAACCUUCUGGUCUUUAAGGAGCUAGUGGCACGAAUAGCAGAGGAACGGAAAAACGGGGUUCCUCACCUUCCUAAGAUCGGAGACGGAAAGAAAAGCUCCCGCUACUCCGUCCCUGAUCUUGGGAUGGACACUGGGGUCAUGUAUCAGGAGAAGGUCAGCAAGAAGGCGAAAGCGCACACUAUGGGCGGCCGCAACAAACUGUUGAAGAUUCUGGACAAAACGCGCAUCAGCAUUCUACCUCAGAAACCAUACAGUGACCUCGGAUUGGGGCAGACACAAGACGACAGCAUCGUGGGCAUGAAGCAGACCAAGCAUGCUCCGCCCACCACGGCAAUCACCGGAAGCUUGUCGUCGAGCAACCCGGACUUGGCGCAAGGCCAACAGCGCAUCAUCGACUACAGCAUGCAACCACCUGAAUUACAAGAUCAGGUGCUCCGAGUGUUCAAGGCGGAUCAACAAAGUCGCUACCUGCUGAUCAACAGGGACACCACGGCAAGAGAGGCGGCCAAUCUGGCGAUCCGAGAGUUUGGCCUGACCGCCGGCCCUGAAGCUUACUCGCUGUGCGAGGUGUCCGUCACACCAGAGGGCGUCAUCAAGCAGAGGAGACUUCCAGAUCAGCUCAAUAAACUGGCUGACAGGAUUCAGCUUUGUGCGAGGUACUACCUUAAGAGCAACAUGGAGACGGAGACGCUGUGCUCAGACGUCGAGGCCCAAGAACUGCAAAGAGAAUCUCAGGUUUAUCUGCUGUCGCUGAGCUCUACGGAGAUAGCCAAUCAGCUCUCAGCACGCAACUACAUGCUCUUUGCCAGCAUCGAGCCCACCGAUUACAUCACAGACCUCUUCAAGCUGCGUCCGCGCGAUCCGCCGGGGAGCCUUCGCAACUUCGAAAAUCUCGUCAAUCAGGAGACCUUCUGGGUCGCCACGGAGAUCGUGCGGGAGUCCAACCAGGCCAAAAGGAUGAAGAUAAUCAAACACUUCAUCAAAGUGGCCCUCCAUUGUCGGGACUGCAAGAACUUCAACUCCAUGUUUGCUAUUAUCAGUGGGCUGAAUCUUGCCCCCGUGUCUCGUCUGCGUGCCACGUGGGAGCGUCUACCUGCUAAAUACGAAAAGUUGUUUACCGAGCUGCAGGAGGUCUUCGACCCGUCGCGCAACAUGGCCAAAUACCGCAACCUGCUGAACAAGCAUAAUCUUCAACCACCAAUCAUUCCUCUUUUCCCGGUCAUAAAGAAAGAUCUCACCUUCCUUCACGAGGGUAAUGACUCAAAAGUGGACGGACUGGUCAACUUCGAGAAACUGAGAAUGAUCGCUCGAGAAAUCAGGCACGUGGUUCGGUUGGCGUCGGUCACAAUGGAUCCAGCGCUGCUCUUCAGGACGAGGAAGAAAAAAUGGAGGAGUCUGGGGUCUCUGAGUCAGGUGAGCAGCUCCUCAUUGUCUGAGGGAACAAUGGGUCACAGGAGGAGAGGCAGACGGAGCUCCUUCCUCAGCGCCAAGAAACUCUACGAGACGGAGAUGAUGAGCAGACGAGUGCGCCAGUACCUGGACAUGCUGACACACGAGAGCGAUGAAGACGCGCUACACACCCUGUCUCUGCAGUGGGAGCCUGCAAUCAACACGGUGCAUAAGACCACUGUGGAAAAAAGGCGAGUUGAUGCUUCUCCAGCAACACCAAGAAGCCCCACGCCGAAGAAUAUCCCUCGAAAGAAGCCACCUGGCAAAGAAUUGGCAUCAUUUGGUGCACAUUCGCCCGGGUCUCACCAUGCAGAAGAGGGUCAGGAUAGACCGAGAAGACCGCAGGAAGACAACCAAUCGAAUGCUUCCUCUCUCCGUUCAUCCCCGCCCACUUUCCCUGGCAACUCCUCCAGAAAGGGACCAGAUCAGCUGAGUCUCCUGAGUUCAUCAUCAUCUGACCUGAUCAUGGCAGACGACCACGUUCACUCCCACACACACGCCCCCUCUCACACACGCACGUUCACACAGACUCCGAACACACACCGGACAGAAGUCGACCAGAUCAGCCUCGGAUCUUAUUCACUGACCCAGGACCAGUGUGACCGCGCCUCAUUGGACGCUGCUGACAGUGGGCGGGGCAGCUGGACCUCCUGCUCAAGCGGCUCUCACGACAACAUCCAGAGCAUCCCUCAGCGCAUCAGUUACUACGACAGCCGCAGCUGGGAGACGCUCUCAGAAGGGCCGGGUAUUGGGCGGAGCCAGUCAGCCACACCUCUCGGUUACUGGGCCGACGAAUCAGAAGGUGACACGGGCACAAUCAAGCGACGAGGGGGGAAGGAUGAGGUGCCGGCUGUGCACAAGAGCACAAUGAGUAGAAGGGAGGGACGUUUCCGAGAGCCUCCGCCCACUCCGCCUGGAUAUACCGCUCUGUCAUUGGCUGAGGUCGAGGAGCCCGGCCAUAAUCUCGUCCACAGUCAUACUCAUGGCCGACGCCCACCUGACUACAACGCUGCCCUGCAGAGGUCCCGCCUCAUCAAGAGGUCAUUGGAUUUAGAACCGCCCCCACAGCCACGCCCAACGACCCGCAUGCACGGAUACACUCACUGUCCGAUGCCGCGGCGACCGCCAUGUGAUGAAAACGAGCAGAUAUCUGCGGUGUGAGAAAUCGGCACACGGGGACACUUGGUUGGGAAACGUGUUCAAAUCGCGCAACACGCACUGCUUCUCAAAACCGAACCCUCUGCUCCUGCUGUCCUCUGACUGGUUCCAUCGGCUGUCAAUCAAAUCCCAGAGUGAGUGGGAACAGAUUCUGUGGUGAAGAGACUCGCCAAGCACCGCAGCACAUCGUUUUAUUAUUAGUUUUUAAUUGCUCUUGGUUUGAAAUCACUGUGAGAACCACAAGAUAUUUUGGCACUUUGAAGGAAAGAAAAUGAAGGAAAAAUGAACAGAUAGAACAAAAGUUUAACGUACACGGACGCUUUUUUUUUUAAUUCAUGGAAAGUGUUAUUUUAAUUGUCUGAAGUCUACGCCAUUUUGUGUGUGUGGGUGUGUGCACGUGUGUGGCAUGCAAGGAUACUUGAAAUGUGUGUGUGAGUGAGAAAAGGCUGCCUGUCAUCGACCUCAGAAACAACUGUUGCUAUCAGUAUUCAAAUUUAUUACAUUUUAGGAUUUCAAUCAUGUCUGUAAUGUUUAAUCUCACACUGAUUCCCGAAUGCACUCACAGGCAUUUUCAUAGUUUUAAUUCUUUUCAAUCAUGUUCUCUCUCUCUUUGAUUGAAUCCAUUUUCAUUCCUCUCUUUGCCAGUCCAGUGGCAUUAGGCACAAAUUCUACCCUAUUGCACAGAUCGAGAAAGUGUACAAAUAAGCAAGAAAGAAACGUUUGCAUAGUUAUUUACGUGGCUACUUUUUUUUUUUAAACAUGGGUCGUUAUAAUUCUGGGCGAGGUGGAAGAUGUAAGUGACUCCCAGGCCUCCAUUUCCCUGCCUGACCCUUUUCAUACCGUAUGUAUUUCUAUGUCUUUUAAAAAGACAGCUGGUAAAAAGUCUAUCACAUUUUGUAUUUUUAAUACAAAAAUUGUAAAUAUUGGUUAUAUUUUGUUUAAAAUUGCAGAGAGCUAUAUAUGGUCUGAGGUAACAUUCAGCUUCAAAGAGUUUGAAUGACCAAGAAUAAAUACUGUAGCAAUGA